AUGGGGCAAAAGCGUGGUAAUAAAGGUCCCUCAAGGUAUAAACUCUACCAGAGGUGUCUCGCUAUCCUUGGCAGGAUUCAAAAAAACGAGGCCGAAGGUAAAGUUCAUCCCAAAGAUGAGACCGACCAGGCAAGAUGUCAAAAGGUGGUUGACGAAUACUUGGCUUUCCAAGCCGCCAACAAGACAGAUGCCAAAACACGAAACCGCUCGCAUGACGAAACUGGGAAGGUAACAAAGAAGCACAAGAUAUCGGAUCAGGGUGCAGUUGCCUCCAAGCCUACCAAGCGAUUUAGUGAGAUGGCGCGGGACCAUCAUCAAAUGGCAUUGGUAGAUGAAACCUUUAACCGCGGAAAGCCAGUGCUUGACAAGUGGUCAAAGAUUGAGGCACGAUUGUCUCGCAUAGUCGUUGACCAUGUCAUGGCGAACGCGGAGGGCCAAGCACCAGGUUUCGACUCGGUGGAGGUAGUCCGCGGUUAUCGUCAGUGCAAUCAGAUCAUGCCCUAG